UGGUUUCGAGUCGGACAGCUCAGUUCAUUUGGUUGGUAGAGGCGAACGGUGGUGCAUAGUACGACAGCUGAUUCUGGACAGUGUUGCGAUCGUUUCUCUCUGCUGUCAGUGGAUACAGUACUGCGGAUCGUUUAGUUGUUUCGCGAUUCGAUUUUCGCUUAUGCGUGUACGUACAACGGAGACAAUCGCGAUCCUACCGAAUACUACUCUUUCUUCGAAAACGAAUGCGGCCUUGCAAUUUGAAAAUUUUCUCAUCGAUCAUUGGAAAAGCCAAGACAAGGAUCAAAGACGCAUCGUAGCGAUCCACUACGGCCUAGCUAGCCUAUGUAUAUACCGGGCUGCUCCACGUUCCAUUGUGAUUGCCGUGUGAUCACUAUUUUCUUGUGAAACACGACCGUUGUGUAUAGUGCAGCGAUCAAAGAAAGGGCGGAGAGGCAGAGAAUGCACAGCGUCAUCAUCGGGGUAUGAUUUCGGACGCUGUUAGGAUACCUAAAUUUAAAUUCGACCGAUGCAUCAACAGAUGAUGGCAGAUUUAAAGAAUCUCGCUCUGGCUGGUGGAGGAGGAUCUAGAUACAGUGGAGAUGAACAGGUACAGUUCAUUCCAGGUGGAAGUCAUCAGGUGACCAUUAAAUCGCCUCCACCUUCACUGCAUUUGGAGAGUCUGAACAAUGCUGUUCUCAGUGGCUCGCAAAAUAAUCUCCAUUGCAAUUGCAAUGGUAGUGCGUCUAAUGGUACCGCAGUUGCAAUGUGUAGCAAUAGUAUGUUCGCAAGAAAAGUACCAAAUCAUAGUCCAGGACAAGAUGGCAAAAGGCCGGCAGUAACAUUGACGCAUUUACCGAAAAGGCCACCGGUUGACGUUGAGUUCAAGAACCUAGCGUACAGCGUAUCCGAAGGCAGAAAGAGAGGGUACAAAACAAUUUUAAAAUGCGUAAACGGUAAAUUCCAAUCGGGAGAACUGACCGCUAUCAUGGGUCCUUCAGGUGCUGGAAAAAGUACACUGAUGAAUGUUUUGGCAGGUUACAAAACAUCCCACUUGAGUGGUUCUGUUUUGAUAAACGGAAAGGACAGGAAUCUGAGGAGAUUUCGAAAGAUGUCCUGUUACAUAAUGCAAGACGAUCGUCUUUUACCUCAUUUAACGGUCUAUGAGACAAUGACUGUUUCGGCUAAUUUAAAAUUAGGAAAAGACAUCAGCGCGAGGGAAAAGAGAGUGGUGAUCGAAGAAAUCAUCGAAACGCUCGGCCUAAGCGACGCGAGCAAUACACAAACCCACUGUCUUAGUGGAGGGCAGAGAAAAAGGCUAUCGAUUGCAUUGGAACUUGUUAACAACCCUCCGGUGAUGUUUUUUGACGAACCAACUUCUGGCUUGGACAGUUCGACUUGUUAUCAAUGUUUAAGUUUGCUCAAAUCGUUAAGCAGAGGAGGAAGGACUAUUAUAUGUACGAUACAUCAACCAAGCGCUCGACUGUUUGAAAUGUUCGAUCAUUUGUACCUUUUGGCCGAGGGCCAGUGUAUAUAUCAAGGAAACGUUGGUGGUCUGGUACCUUUUUUAUCGUCAAUGGGCUUGGAAUGUCCUAGUUAUCAUAAUCCAGCGGAUUACGUCAUGGAAGUGGCAUGUGGAGAACACGGAGAAUGUGUGCACAAAUUAGUCAUGGCAGUAAAUAACGGUAGAUGUGCUAAUUAUCAGCAACAUCAAGCUACGAUAAAUGCAGUGCAAACUGUAUCGAAUGAUAUCGCAAAAGAAUCGCCGCAGCAAGAAACAAAAUCUGAAUCUGCUUUAAUACCAAACGGUGUGACAAAGCAACCGAAUGGCGGGACAGUAAUCAACAUGCCAAUUUCUUGUACGACUUCUUUGUUGGACAGUGCAGAGAGUAUAGAACAAAAAGUUGGCUUUCCAACGAAUAGUUGUACCCAAUUUUGGAUCCUUCUUAAAAGAAUAUUCUUGUCACAAAUAAGAGACAUGACAUUAACGAGAGUAAGGCUGAUUUCCCAUAUAAUCGUUGGAUUCCUUAUUGGUGCAAUUUAUUACGACAUCGGCAAUGAGGCCUCGAAGGUAAUGAGCAAUGCCGGUUGCGUCUUCUUUACGGUGAUGUUUCUCAUGUUCACUGCUAUGAUGCCUACGAUUCUUACGUUUCCGACAGAAAUGGCUGUAUUCGUGAGAGAACAUUUAAAUUACUGGUAUUCUGUGAAAGCUUAUUAUCUUGCGAGAACUUUAGCCGAUGUACCCUUUCAAAUAGUGUAUUCUAUAGCAUACGUCAUUAUCGUAUACUUCAUGACGUCGCAACCAUUGGAAACAAAUAGAUUCAUGAUGUAUUUAACUAUAUGUAUAUUAACAGCGUUAGUUUCGCAAUCCAUCGGUUUAGUAAUAGGUGCAGCGAUGAGUGUAGAGAGCGGAGUAUUUAUUGGCCCUGUAUCGUCAGUGCCCAUCAUUCUGUUCUCCGGUUUCUUCGUCAAUUUUGAUGCCAUUCCAAAAUAUCUCAAGUUUCUUUCUUACGUGAGUUACGUCAGGUACAGCUUUGAAGGUGCCAUGAUUUCUGUAUAUGGUUAUAAUCGUGCUAAGCUCAAGUGUUCUGACGCUUACUGCCACUUCAAGAGCCCGACGAAGUUCCUGGAAGAAAUGUCGAUGCAAAACGCUGUCUUCUGGCUAGACGCCGUUGCGUUGGCAGGUUUUUUGCUUACCUUGAGAGUGAUCGCCUACUUUGUACUGAGACUGAAGUUACGAUCUCUUCGUUAAAACACACAGUGGCCGAAUAUAAUCGAUGAUCACUUGGUUGUCAUCGUGUUAGGAAUAUUCGUUUUACCUCAAUCUAGCCCGAACGUGAGAGCUGACAAGUCUUCUUAGAUUCGCGGUUAUGAUUCUAAAUUUCGAUUCUUUCUUUGAAAAUAGAAAUACCCGGACAUUUAUGUAUCAAAAUAACAUAACAUAGGUACAUGCCUGAAAAUGGCGCGAUGAAAUAUUUUCUUUUUCACUUGUCGUCAACUACUAAGAUUUUCUACUUUCUACUUACCGGAAUUCAUCAUCUCAUUUACACGCUCAUGUUGCAAAUGAGAAAAUCGCCUUUAAAACGUUCUAUUAUAAAGGGUGUACAGUGUUUCAUUGCCUCGAAUUUUUUUCGAAAGAACCGAAGUUUAAAAGAAAGCCUUGAUUCUCAAUAACGCAUUUCCAAUAUCAAUUACAAUUAAUGUAAUUUCUGCCAUGUAAAUACAAAUUGUAAAUGUUGAAGAAAACAUUCAUAUUUCACGCAAACUCAAGGAGAUAUGUAUGUUGUUUCAUACGAUCAAGUGAGACGACUAACAAUAGUAGACACAAACGAAUGGUACGCAUAAAAGAACAUAGUUUAGGCAUUUUUAACACAAUAGAGUGCGCCAGAAUUACAUUGAAAUUGUAAAUCAUCGAUAAUAGACCGAAAAGAGACCACUGUUGGUAUUAUACAUUCUCAAUCGAAGUGCAAACAUUUAUAGCCAAUUAUUACAAACUCGCCAGGAGCCUUAGGCCCAUUCAAGACUCAUGGUCCCUCCAACGAGCGCGUGUGCACCACGCGACAGCAUAGACUUUUUUUGAUAGAUAAGCAAUAGAAUUUACAAAUCACGAAAAUUAGAACGGAUUCUUUAUUGUUCUUAUAGAUAUUUACGUCACUACAUUCACUUACGAUUAGUCUAUGCGGGAGGUACCUCGAAGAUAUACCAUUGAUGAUAAACGACCACUAAUCGUUUAAAUCUAACGGACAAAAAGAAGUUUUAGCCGAAAACAUUGAAGUACCAAAAAUUAAUUUACAUAUGUAUGUCCGAUACUUAGGUAUAUCGGCGAGAUACCUAUAAACACAUAUUUGUACUAAAUGAUUUCUUACGAGAUCGCGAGCAAUCCUUAUCCAUAUUGUCAUUCCAUUUAUAGAUAAUUCAAUAAUUAUAACGUUUAAGCGAUAAAGAAAAAAUGAUAAAACAUAUACUGUAAAAAGCUCACACCUGACCAAUCACUAGCUGCCUGUGCGUUUGCUUCUAAGUCUGGAAUGCUGAACAUUGUUAUAUUUAUUACGAUAUAGUCGUUUAAUUAACGAGGUGAAGGGAGUAUAUUAUUAAAAAAAAGAAAGAAAAGAAAAAAUUAAAAUUAAAAAUGAAAAAAAAACAAAUUAGGAAUGUGAGUAUGACUUUAACAGGAUUAUUUCGGUUUUUGGAACUUUUACAAGAAUUUUUUUCACGGCCUAUGCAUUGUUCUUAUCGCUACGGGUUCAUUUACUCAAGGACUGAAAAAGAAAAAGCGGAAGGAAAAAACAAAAAAUUUAUAGACUUUUUCUUUGACUUACUUAAAUUAGAUCUCACGUCAUGGCGUUUCGUAAUAUGUAUGUAGUCAUGUCAUGAUGAUAAUAUGUAAUCACGCGGUUGGGGUCAGAGUAAUCUUACUCUCUUAUAGAUAUUUGAUGAGUUUCUCAAUUCUGGGCAGAAAUAAUAUAUGUAGACUAAAGUAUUAUCAUAUGAAUAUUUUUAUAUUUCAAUAUCAAAUAUAAAUCUGACUUACUGUUAGUACUUUUGGUUUAAAGCAAACUUAUUAUCGUAUUUUAACUUUAUAGUAGAGGCGAAUUAUAUUAAUUGUAUUCCAAUGUAUAUUUAUUACCUUUAAUGUAAUUGCAACAUAAUUAUGACAGUACUUAUUACAGGCAUUCUAUAUGUUUAAAAUCUUUCCAGCAAGUUAUUCUUCUUUACUCUUAGUCAAGUUGUUUUCGAUGUAAUAUCAAUCAAAAUAUCAAUCCAUUUCUUUUUAUUGGAAUUUAAGAAUUAAUUCGAUCAUAAAUUAUCAGACUGUUUGUUGAAUGAUAAACCGGUGACUUUGCAUACAGCUGAUACAGUAUGCGGCAAAACAAUUUGUGAAUCAUGGAGUAAGGAUAGAGACAGGAGUAGUCCAAAUAUUUCCUUAUUCUUAGAUUUGCUGUAUAAUUAUCAUUUAUAUUUCUACUUACUGUUAUAUGUAAAUAAGCAAAUUAACCAAACAUAUAAUCAAGAGACAACGACACACUGCAGUAUACAUAGUAUGUAUCUAUAUGCGAAUAUUUUGUUAUUAUUUCAAUUUUACCAUGGUAAAACAAUUAAUAAUGAACAUUAUACCGUAAUCAAAUUGUCAAGGUUUAAAAUCGACAUUACCAUAAAUUUGGAUAUCAUAUGAUCAUUUAUAUUUCAUUCCAAAUGCGUUCUAGUAAUAAUAUGGAAUGUCUGUGAUUCAGUAUCGACAAACAUUGUUUGGUGUUUAAAGACAAGCUCUAUGAGAUGUACAUAUAAAAUGGUAUAAAUGUAAGGAUUAAUAAACAUGAAGUAAUAGGACAUCGAAAUUGAAUAGAUACAAUAAGAUAACAGUUAUGUUAUCACGUAUACUGUUAUCAUGUUUUGGAAAUAAAGGGUGGAAUAUCUGUUUAGACCUUGGUUCGCAUUUAUAACAUAACAAAAGUAAAAUAUUCAAAAACCAAAAUAAACUAUUUAAUUCUACCAUACUAUAGUCAGCUCUAUAUUGUUAGUAGUUUUGCUCAUAAAAAUAUAUAUCAACAUAUUAUGUAGAACCAAGGUUUAAACGUACAUAAUAUCGGUACGAUGAAUUGAAACUGGAUAAAAUUCAUAUUCGUUUACCAUUCAUUCUUAUUAUCGGUUCAUUGUUUCUUAUGAUACAAGUUAUUGAUUAUUUUUUCUAUGUAUAAUGCUGCGUAAUUGCAUUCGCGAUUGAAUGAGUUAUUAACAGAUGUAAAGAUGGUAAAAUGUUAGGUUUAGUGGUUUACACGAACAAAAUGUUAGGUUUACACGAAUCCGCGCGUAUUGUGUUCAAGGCUCGCGAGAAUUGAGACUGUAAUAACGAACAAGCAAAUUUUUAAUUGCACGUGACCAUCUUGCGAGCAGAACUCUCAAACUGCUGUUAAAGAACUUGAAUAGCAUAAUAUCACGUUUGCAUAUACAUAAUGUAGAUACGCAGCAUAAAAAAAUUAAUUAAGACGUUCUCGCUUUUAGGACACAUAUUCCACACGUACAAUGUACAAUGUAUGUAUAUUGCCCGACCAUGUAUCGCAUACAAUUCAUGACACUUUUUUCAAGUAUUGUAAUUUUAUAUAAACAAGAAAGUAUACGUGUGUAAGGCUGUGCGUUUGUGUGUGCGACAUCAAAAACAAAUAAAAAUAUGUGUAUAAAAAAGAGAAACGAUAUGUACACGCGGGAAGGAGGAUAUUACAAAUCCUUGCGAAAUAAAAUUUCCAAUAUAAUAUUUCGUGUUCUGAGCAAAGAAUGACACGUUUAUACUAAAGCACAAAUGAAUAAAAACAUCUGUAUAAUGUGUAAAAACACAA